AUGGCGGACGCUAUUUCAAUCGAGCAGAAUAACAAGAUCCGGGCGGCCCUAGGACUCAAGCCUCUCCCUGUACCUGGGGCGGACGGUCCAGUUUUCAAGGAAUCCAACGAUGGCUCUUCGUCGGACGAAGAGCCAGCCAGCACCCUGGAAUCGCGACAAGCACAGGCCUCCGAGAACUGGAAGAAGAUGCAAGAUGACACUGAAGCGAAGCGCAAGCGGGAAGAGCGGAACGCUGCAAUCAGGAAGGCACGCGAGCUCGCGCAGAGGAAUGCGAAACUCGAAGGAACGACACUAGGAGAUGGCAUGGAUAUGGAUGUGGAUACGAAGACGUGGUUGAUCCAGUCGAAGAAGCGACAGAAGAAGAUCGAAAAGGAGCGCGCGCGCAAAUUGGCGGAGGAGUUGGAGGAGCGGCAGCGCGUGGCGGAGUAUUCGGCUGCCGACCUGUCCGGGAUUAAGGUUGGACAUGAGGUUGGGGAUUUCGAGGGAGGCGAGGAGCAUAUUCUUACGCUUAAGGACACUACGGUUGACGAGAACGAGGAGGAAGGCGAUGAACUGGAGAAUGUUGAGUUGCGGGAGAAGGAAAAGACGAGUGAACGACUGGAGCUGAAGAAGCGCAAACCGGCUUAUGAUCCGACGCAAGAGAACGCUGGGAUAUUGUCACAAUAUGACGAGGAGAUUGAAGGCAAGAAACGAAAGAGGUUCACGCUUGAUGCUCAGGGAUCUACUGUGGAGGAACAAGAGGCCAGACAACAGGAAGCCUCCGACAGGUUGAAGAGAAACAUCAUCAGCCUUGACUUGGACACGGAAACCCCCACGUCGGAUUACAUGGACAUAAGCGAGAUUAAGGUGAAGAAACCGAAAAAGAAGAAGGCCAAGACAACCAAGAAGAGAUCUGCCCUUGAUGAUGAGGAUAUCUUCCCCGCUACAGAAUCGGCGGAUACAUCGAACGGCGGUUCAUCCAUGGAUAUUGACACUAUCAAUGGCGCCCCAACACCAGCGCCAGCUCCUCGCAAGUGGGAAAACGAGAACGUUUCAUUUGUGGACGACGACGAUCUACAAGCCUCUUUAGCUCGCCAAAGACGAGCGGCAUUUAAAAAGCGACAGAGGGCGAGACCAGCGGACCUCGUACAACAACUUAGAGAGGAAGAGUCGCAGACCCCGAUGGAAGUGGAAACCCCAGAUGAGGAAGAGCCAGGGCUAGUAAUCGAUGAGACUUCCGAAUUUGUCUCCAAUCUACAGAAACCAACACUACCAGAACCCCGUGAACCACGAGGAGCAACGACGGUAACCGAAUCCCCGCGAGCUCAAACUGAGGAACCUGGCGACGGCGAACAGCCGCCUGAGGUUGAUGGGGACGAUGUGGAUAUGGAAAGGUCUUAUCAUGACAUUGACGACGAGGAGGAUCUCAAGCGCGAGGAAGCACAGGGUAACGCGUCCAUCAGCGGCACUGGGUUGGAAGAGGAAAGCACCUUGGCCCAGGGUCUUGGUGCUACUUUGGAGAUGCUGAAAAAGCGCGGUCUGGUCAAGUCAACCGAUGCCGCCGAUCAUAACUCGCUUCUUCGCGACCGUCAACGCUUCCUUUCGGAGAAAACCCGGCUUGAAACGGAUGCUGAGAAGCGUGCUCGCCAACAGCGUGAACGUGACCGCGCUUCUGGAAAGCUGGACCGCAUGUCUGCACGCGAACGAGAAGAGUAUGCGCGAUGGGAAAACAAGCAGCGCGACCAGCAGGAUGCUCGUCACAUGGCCGAAGUGUUCAACAAGGAGUACAAACCAGAUAUCCAGCUGCGGUACAUUGACGAGUUUGGCCGUUCGAUGAACCAAAAGGAAGCAUUCAAGCAUAUGAGUCACCAGUUCCACGGCAAGGGCAGUGGCAAGAUGAAGACAGAGAAACGACUGAAGAAGAUCGAAGAGGAGAAGAAGCGUGAGGCUAUGAGUGCUUUGGACAGCAGUCAACACACAGGCAUGAACAGUGCUAUGGGCGCGACUGCUCGGAAGAACCGCCAGGCCGGUGUCCGCUUGGGCUAA